UAAAUUUUUUUUGGUAUUUAUUUAUUUUGCCUCACGUCAUGCACAUGUCAUUUGUCUUUAAGAUGAUGUAAGACAUUAUUGGACCAUUCUCUCCCUCUCUCUCCCUCUCUCUCUCUCUCUCUCUCUCUCUCUCGUUCUCUCUCUUUCACAGCUUGGACCAACAUGAUCUUAAACCGUCUGCCGGCCGCAUUCAGCACUUUGAAGGGAUGUGGGUGCGUACCGGAGUCCCGCUUGCAUCCACUUCUAUAGGAGCAGCUUAAGCAAAAAGGUACUUUUACGCACUGAUCUUGGACCAGUUAAAAAAAAGGGGGUGGGGGGGAUUUUUCGUUUUUUUUUUUUUAAACUUGUGAAUUAGAGAAUGCAAGACGGGGUUAUGUUUCACCCAAAUCACCGCGGCGGAUGCGCCUAACACAAUGAGGUUACGAUAAUCGAUCGUGUUCACAAAGGAUGCGCAUUUACGCACAGGGGUCUUUAAAGGAUUUACCGUUUGGGGUCGCUUUACCGGUUGCGGGACGCUGACGCCGUCUAGGACUCGCAUCGCAAACGCAAAGAUUCAAGUGGAGACGAUGAGCGAAAACUGCAAAACGCAGCCGGGCUCCGUGCAGCAGAGCCCGCCGUCGGACGUGUUGGAGCUGAACGUGGGCGGGCAGGUGUACUAUACGCGCCACGGCACCUUGACUGCCUUCCCCAAUUCCCUACUCGGGAAGUUGUUCUCUAAUAAGAAGGGCUCCUCGAACGACCUGUCCCGGGACUUUAGGGGACGCUAUUUCAUCGACAGGGAUGGCUUUUUGUUCCGGUACGUGUUGGAUUAUCUGAGGGACAAGCAGGUCGUCCUCCCGGACCACUUCCCCGAGAGAGGGAGGUUGAAACGAGAAGCGGACUACUUCCAGCUGCCGGAUUUGGCCAAACUUUUAUCGUCUGAGGAGUCCAAAGUCUUUCCAGACGACCACAGCGAUUUGGACGAUGCGUCCACGCAGGGGAGCGAGCACCGGUACUACUCUCCGGACAGGAGGUACGGAUACAUCACCGUGUCCCUCAAGGGCCCGACCGGAUGCAAGGAGGGCGACUCCGACCCCUGCCGGGCGAGGAAGUUGCCGAGGAUCUUCAUCAGCAGCAGGAUCGGUCUGGCCAAGGAGGUGUUCGGGGACGCGCUGAACGAGAACAGGGACGCGGACCGACCUCUGGACCGGUACAUGUGCAGGUUCCACCUCAAGUUCAAGCACCUGGAGAGGGCUUUUGACAUGCUGUCCGAGAGCGGCUUUCACAUCGUGGCCUGCAACUCCUCCCUGACGUCCUCCUCCGCGGGAAAUUACACGGACGACAGGCUCUGGUCCAAUUACGCGCAGUACAUCUUCUACCGCGGGCCCUCCCGGUGGUCUUCCUCACACUGCGACUGCUGCUGCAAGAGCCACAAAAGUGAGCGCGAGGGAGAAAGCGGCACGUCCUUCAACGAGCUCUCCACCUCCUGCUCCGAGACCCAGUCGGAGGCCAGCUCCCCUCAGGGCACCGUCAUCCGCGGCCCCGUGAGCCGACACCCCAACAUCCAGUCCCUGGACCGGCCCGUGCACAAGGGGCCCGCGCACACGCUGCAGCAGGCGGACAUGCGGCGCAAGACCGACAUGCUGCGCGUCAGGACCUUCGGCGUGCGCGAGCGAGAGGCCGCCAAGAGGAAAGCCAACAAGGAGAAGAUGACUCCGGAGCAGGAGCUGCAGAAGUGCAUCCAGGACUUCCAUCGCAUCCGGAUUCCCGACCGCUUUCCGGAGAGGAAGUACAUGUGGCAGUCGGAUCUCCUGAGAAAAUAUCGUCUCUAACUUGCACCCACCAGGGCACAUAUUGUACUAUUCAACAGUUUCCGCCAUGUUGAGGUGAAACAGAUCCCUCCCUGUUGACACGUUCAUGUAUCUCUCGACCUCCCGGUGGAGAGACUGUGCACCACACGCACCGUUCGUAGCGAGCACUAUUUUUAGCCACUUUCUGCAGGGCGGUGCGCACGGCGAGUACGAGGCAGUGUUGAGUCAUUGAUUGGUGGAGUGUACCACCGUGUGGGACAUGCACGCGUGUAAAACCAGGUUACUCCUGUCGGGGCUUAAAUCACCCACCUCUCCACUUUUGGAGGCGGUCCGAAGCAACAAAAGCGACCUCAGGGGCGACGUCAUGUACAAGCUCGCACCUUUCCACGGCAGGCGGUGCUGCGAGUUCACCAAGACGUCACUAGUAUACUCCACCGAUAUCACACUCUCGUAGUACGCUUUGACUGCAUGUCAUGUCACCGUUGUCAUAAUUAUGCAAUACCACACGAUGGGACGGCCAAAGCACUGCCUCUUGUCUCUUUUGCCAUUGUAGAAACUUCCGUCUCAUGUCAUUGUGUGUUGGACUGAUGAUGUCGUGUAUGUAAUGCAAGUGGACUCAUCUUGGAUGUACGUGUGCAAAUAAAAGGCU